CAAAGUUAUAAUUCAGUUUUCAAUCGGGCAGUUCGAAAAUAAUACAUACUAUAAUUAUUUAUUUAAUAAUAAUAUUUAUAUAUAUAUAUGUAUUAUAUAUAUAUUUUUUUAUUUAUUUAAUUUUAGCCCUGGAGGAUAAAGGAUUCGCAAAGGGGGGAACCCAGCGCCACCGAGCAAUCCGGCGCUCCAACAGGCGGGGGCCCAAUACGCGUGCAGUACCUCAUACUGGAUCAAGUUCUUUACCGAGAGUGGAAUUCCGGCGGGAGAUGCUGCAAAUUACGCUGUUACGUUCAUUGACAACAGGAUUGAGAAGAACAUGUUGAUGGACCUGUCCAAGGAAUACUUAAAUGACAUGGGAAUCACACGGCUUGGAGACGUCAUCACCAUCUUGAAACAUGCCAAAACUGUACAUACACAGGAGGCUAGAGAAAAAACAUUGAAAGGAACCUCUGUUACUGCCCUGACAUCGAAGUCUGCCAGUACUACCAGGGAUGCUAGUACCAGUAGCAUGCCAGCAAGACGUUCCACUCCUGUGAGCAGGAUAGUUGAUCACUACUGUAAGCUGGUUAGCGAUCCCGAUGCUGUUCCGAUGAACUCCCCAUCGCCCAAACCUUUGAGCAAAGUGCUCGCAGAUAUCACUGAAGUGUCCAAGAAAUCGUCUGUGUUCGAUCGACUUGGCAAUGAAUCUACUGGAGGAUCCAAAACUGUGACAGUGACAGGCCUUGACAAUUUGAUUCUCAACAGAAGUAAUUCUCCACAGUUGUCAGUUUUCAACAGACUGGGUGGUAAAACAACCGUGAAGAGAGCUGCCUCUUCCACCUCACCUGAUGACGACGAUUCUAAUGGAGACUCGGCUCAACUGGAGUACGCUGGUAUUUUUAAAGCCGUCAGCACUCCCAAAAAGGCCAAAAUUUCUGUGACCAGGACCCUGAAGAAACCAAAGACAACUGCCAAGAUGCUGGCUGCGAGGAAACUUGUCAAGAAAACAAUUAUUAUUCAGAAGCCUGAAGUGUCCACUACCUCUCACUCUCUGGGCACUUUGGCCUCGGACAACCUGAAUGAACAGCCGAGUGUUAAAGCCCGGCUUGGGAAGAAAGUGACUGCAGCAGUCUCCAGCACCACGCCCACCAUCACAGUACGACUGAACCCAGACGUGAAGAAAGACCUGACACCUGCACACAUUGAGUCCAAGCUUAUCAGCAUGAGGAAUAAAAUUGAUAUUAAGUCAAGGCUUGGUCCAGCAACAUCAACAGAAAAAGGAGCUGAAUCUUCUUCCAGUAAAAGGUCUCUGACAGUCAGUAGACAUAAAACAAAAGAGUCGGGUGUGUUUAGUCGACUUGGGAAACAGCCAACUUCAUGAUACAUCAGAUCUUUUACAUCCCUUUUAUCAGUAUUGGUAUUUAACCUCUGAGAGGUUACUGGAGGCUUGAGUCUGUGGUCAUUCUGAUCUUACCCGACAUUGGUGUUAUUGAACAAAAAAACCCUUCUGUUUUCCCCUGUGGUAUCUCUAUGCCUGUGAGAGAGAAUAGCCAUAAUAUUAACAGUUCCGUCCCUGUCUGCAUGAAAGUGGAUGAUUUGGUUCUCUUACUGCCAUACAAUUCCCCAGUAAGCUUAUAUUCUAGUGAUGGCUGGGCAAAACAAUUAAUUCCUGAUUGUAAGCUAAUGAAUUCUGAUUUAUGUGGUGGAUAUGGUUUGAGUUGAAUAGAUUGUGAUAACUGACAAAUGUGUUCUAGCAUUUUAUCCGUAAGACAUCUUGAGGGUUUGAACAGGACUAGCUCUGGUUGGGCAGAACAUUCAUCAAAUUGUCGGUUAACCUUCACAAAUUGUAGAGAUCUAGUUAUUUUCUAACAAAAUAUCACUUAUUACAUGAAUUUCCUUUUGCAAAAUUAAAAUGAAAUUUGCCAACUUUAAAAUUCACAGUUUAUGAAUUUGGCAAGUGUCGGGACUAGCCCUGAGUUAUGUAUAAUGUAAUUGUUUUAAUGAUAAUUGUAAUUAUGCAAUUAUAUUACCAUAAGUGGACAUUCUUAUGAACUCUUUUGGAGCCACGGUUUGGCUAUUUUAGUUAAGUGAACAAAGAAUGGGUCCAGUUCUAUUUUGAUGUAUAGGGAAAAUAUUUGUAAUGGUAAAAUGAUUUUUAUUUUAUUGUCAAAUAAUAAAAAGAGAAACAUGUUUUUAUUAAUUUAUAUUGUACAAGUUUUGACAAUAAAUUCUCUUCUGUUUUUUUUUAUUCAUAAGGAAUGAUGUUGAUAAGAAGUGUAAAUUUAUAACCGUAUAAUCUGCUUCAGGCACUAAGAUAAUUUUAUUACAACACAAUGAGGUUCAAUAUAUUGUUAUUCAAGAAUUUGUAAAAAAAUAAAAAAGAUUUUACAAAUGAAGAUUUUAUUUCUAAAAAUAUAAUUUUACAAAACUGCACGUGUAUUUAGUAAUAUUAUAAAGUACUUAAAACAAAAAAGUGCUAUAUUUACAUACAUGUAGUAUCUUCCGUAUGAAAUAGAUCAAAUAUCUGCUUUAAUUUACAGGUGCAAGUUAGACUACCAACCUUAAAUUAACCCAUAGGGACGGGAGAUGUAUUUUACUGUUUGUACAUUUUUGUAUUAAUGUUCUAUUCUGUGUCCAUGUAAUUACUGCCAUUUAUAUUUUUCAUUCUGGGGUGUCAUUAAACAUCUAUUCUAUUCUAUUUACUACCAUUUGUGCCAGAUAUUGGCUCUUUGAAUCUAAUCCCAGUUUGGUGUAUCUAGUCUUGCAGUUAUCAACUUCGUAUUUGUUAUGGUGAAUUACCAUCACUAACAAUAGCUGUACUACUAUUUUUUGAGGGGUUUAGUGUGGGUGGAUAGACGUAUAAAAUAAACGUUUUGUACAUUUUAAAUGAUUCACUGAAUAUGACUGCAUAUAUAUUUGUAAAUACAUGAAUAAUUGUAUAUUUAUUAAUAAAUAACUGUCUACAUAAUUGUAAGCAUCGGAAGUGAAGGGGAGUGCACUGCUUCCCCUCAACUCUGAAGAUAAUGAAUUAGGACCCUAGUUGAAAUGCCAUCAUCUUUUGAUGCUUAUAAUAACUUGUAGAUUUCAUCUUUGUUUUGAUUCACCUAUUGACCAACCUGUGUCUUUUUACAACUUAAAGUGGUAACAGUGAAAUAAAAACAAAUAUUAGCAUUC